CGCCGUCCGUGAACACUUUACGUACGACAGACUGUACAACAUUAAUACAUAGUUGUCAUUGUGAAAUGGCAGACUUUAUCAAAGGAACUUAAUAACAUACAUCAGAUACAUUCUAUUAGCUCGCCAUUGAUCAGUCCACUUAGCUUCGGUCGAUAUAGGCCUCAAUUUGCAGUCCAUUACAAUGUUGCAUGGCACAUAUGUUUAUAACUGGUGCCACAUGGAACUCUCCGGCAGUUCAACUUGGAACACUGCCACAUCUGCAGACAGACACGCAUGUACCAUACAGUUAAACAGAGACUGGGCUCCAGUCUCGGCAUGCGUGCGACGUGCAGGGAACAUAUGCUUCACUCAGACUGCACAAGAUUACAGGUAAGCUAUGGAAUACUACAGAUACUUGGUAGCAUGGGCUUCUCUGCUGCUGUGGAUCUACCCUGCGAUUGGUCAAGACAUUUGCACAAGUACAUCGUUCUAUCUCCAUCGAAAUAACACAAUCUGCCCCAAUCGGGGCGACGUGAACAUCUUCCAGAAGUUUGGGUUUCAACCUGAUGCUGUCCCGCGGGAUCUGUCUGGCUAUGUUCCCCGCCUUCUCCACGAAGACUCCGUCGUCCACCACGUAGACAGCAAUAAGGCCUUUGUGAAGGUGGGGAGCGGCCACGAGGGCGUCGUGUACAGAGCCGAGAUUAAGGAUUCUAGAACACCCAUCAUUGUCAAGACAUUGAUGAACAAGAACUUUCAUCAAAUCUUCCACGAGGCACGGAUUCUGACGUAUCUAGAUGACGUACCUUCCGUCCCAGACGUAGUUGGUCUUCUGCCAACUGGACCGAGUAUGAAUAACUUGUCAAUAGUGUCAGAGUAUAUAAAAAAUAGUUCCACAAUUGGCGUGUGGUUCAACAACUCCCAUAAAGUCAGUGGCUGCCAGUGGUUAAACAUUUCCUAUCAAAUAGCAGGUGCGCUGAGACACAUAAACGAGAAGUAUGUUCUCCAUAAUGAUCUUCACCACAAAAACAUCCUCAUCCAAUGGAGAAGGUCGGACCCAAAGGUUUAUUUCAUUGACUUCGGGGACUCUACAUUCCGCCAUGGCAGGGCUGUUAAGAACUUCAACCCAUAUGACAACAAAUCACGCCAUGUUUACCUCCCACCGGAAGUGUCUUACGACCAGUCGACUCCGGCAAGUGAUAUAUAUAGCGCUGGGCAAAACCUCCAAACUAUCGGGCGUCUGGCUAAAAUAGACAAGCUGAUUCACCUGGCGGCUGAGUGCAUGAAAAAGGAUCCGGACUCCAGAAUAUCCGUGCGGGCCCUUGAGGAGGCUCUCCUCGCUCUUCUACAGAAAUCCUGCCCUUUAUCUCCCGAUAUCUCAAAGCAAAGAGAGUCACAUGCCCAUCAACCUUGCAGUGGGAAACACCGCGCUUUUCAUCAUCUAUCAUUACCCAUCCUGUUACUGAAGGACUUUACAAUAUAUAAAAGACCUAUGAUAUUCCAAGGCUGGCAUAUAGCAAAGUAUAAUCCUGCAAAGGAGACAGUGGUGAUUCGAACGUUUAAGAGGGUAAGCUUUAGAUACAUUCGUCAUUGUGCGAGAGUGAGCUUAUAUCUGAAUGACACGAGUUAUGUCCCUUUGUUCAAGGGCGUUGUAUUUAUGGGACCUCUGCUGGCUGACAUGGCGCUGGUGCAGAAGGGUGUAAGUGACAGCGUUACGCUGUCGAACGUUGUCCACGACCGAAGCUCUUUCAAUGAAGUCCAGAGAGUAAACUUGCUGAGGGAGGUUGCAAAAGCACUCAUUGUAUUUAAUCAAAGACAUCUUGGGUGUACUCGUUUGCAUACAGAUGAUAUUCUUAUAAACUUUAUAAAUAACAGACCCUCAAUCAAAUUUAUCAGUCUCGGUCGAAUACACUAUGGACGAAAUCCUAAGGUCAAGUACAAACUAACCAGAAAACCGAGAUAUAUUGGAGGAAGGGGUCAUCGCUAUCGCAGCCGAGUCCGGUUUUCUAGUAUGAUACAACAAUUGCUCCCGGAAUUCUAUGACCACGUGAACGAACAGAGCUCAGCAAAUGCGUCAUCUCAGAUAGCUAUGGACAUCAAUUCUGUCUCCGACUGGAUGUUUUCUAUUAGUUAAGAUUACCGACCUCUGUAUACAUGUAUGUAUAUGGCUAUUUUACCUUCUAUUGUUGAACAUUGGAUCUGAAUCACAAUAUUACUUGUUACCUGUUAUGUGUUUGUGAAUGACAGUCUAU